AAGAAUAAUUAUAUCUAUAAAUAGUAAACCGCACGCUUUUAUAAUUUUCACUAUAUUAUAUAUGAUAUAGAAUCAAACUUGCUCUCAUUUAAGAUUUGCUCAUUUUUCUUACAUUUUUCGCACUCGAUUGAUAUUUUUCUAUCUUUUUUCAAUUUAUAUUUCCAUAUCUUCUACAAUUGUUUAAAAAGCGUUGUCAGAGUGUAACUUCUAUAACUAUUCGGCUGACCGGAAGGUCCAUGCAAAUUUUCCUCCGAUGCGAGUGUUUCUAACCUCUCCCUGUAAGUUUUGGAAUUUAUGUGAUUUAGGUUAGACGUUCUUGGAACAAGUUUGCCCGAACAUGUUUCUCAACCGUGGAAAUAAAUAGUAUACCUUUAAGAUUGUCGCUACUUAAAAAAAAUGGGAAAAGUAUACUCGGCAUUGGUACGACCUCUUCGCACGUUCAAUAUCGAGAAUCGAGCGGCGAAAGUCAUUUCCCAGCAAAAGCCAGUUACUGCGCCACAAUAUAAAUAUGUGGAGCAACAAAAGGAAAUAGCGAAUAAAGUGAGUCCAGACUUUCUGGAGGAUCAUUAUCGAAAGGACGUGCAACUGGACCAGAGAUUAAAAGAUGUUUUCGUAACGUCGACGGACCCACAAGUAACAACGAAGCCAUCAGAGGAUUCGAAACCUCUGCCCAGGUACACGUUUAAUAGAGAGGAACCCACGUACAAUUAUUAUGAGCCUACAGUGAUCCCUGUGGGAAAGUGCUCGGCGAAGCAGGCUAUUAUAUUUCUUGCACAACAUAAACAAGAUCCCGUGAAAUAUAGUAUUGAAAAUAUAGCUGCUGAAUAUAAACUAGACAAGGAGAUAGUAAGCAAUGUAUUGAAAUAUUUUCAUUUAUUUGUCGCGCAACGAGUAGAAGUGCAUGAAGAGUAUGAAGAGCAGACCUUAGAUGAUCCACUACAAAGAGAGGUAGACUUUUCCCUAAAAAUGAAAAAGGAGGAAGACCUUGCGAAGAAGAAAAAAAUUGCAGGCGAAAAAAAGUGACAUGUACAAUAUGUAUGUAGAAAAAUAAUUUAUUAAAGAUCAUUACUAUAUA